AUGCUGGGGCUGCUGCUGCUGCAGGUGUUGGCCAGCUGCCUUUGGCUGGGACACAGCGAGGUGGUGAACUCCUUUGAAACUUCAUGUCCUCAGUUUUUUUUCCGGGAGAUCCCUCCAAAUGAAGCCCUGGUGCCGCAGAAACCAGCCUGGAUCUGCCAGCGCUACAAGAACCAGUAUUACUUUGCCACCCUGUAUGACAGGAAGAUGCGUAUUCCUGUGUACUCUGCUUACAUCUACCAGCCUGGACCGGGCAAAAGACCUAAAACAUGGCUGGUUGAGCCUCAGCUGAUUGGCCCAACUUAUCCCAAAACUAUGGAAAAAGAGUGGACACUCUUAAAUCAUUACAAUGUCACCUUAGAGAAACUCAGCCAGAGCCAGGCUAUCCUUCAUGACUACAAGAACCUGACGGGUCUGAACCGGGGCCAUUUGAACCCCAAUGGCCACCACGAUGACUACAGCAGCAGGAUGGCUACCUUCACCCUCACCAACAUCGUGCCCCAGGAUGAGAAACUCAACGGUGGUGCCUGGAACAACUACGAGCAGCAAACGAUGAUCAGGAGGACCCAGGGCUGUACAACCACCUAUGUCGUCGUGGGUGCUGUGCCUGGGAACAACUACAUCGCCAAGGGGAGGGUUAAUAAACCCAGCCACCUCUGGUCAGCUGCCUGCUGCGUGGUGGACAAUAACUACAUAAAGGCCUGGGCGGUCAUCGCUGAGAACGACAAGAAUGAGGUUGAGCUCCUCACACUGGGAGAGCUGGAGGACACGUUAACUGAGCUCUAUGGGAGGGGACAGGUUUCCCUGUUUGACAGUGACUGUCCCCGGGAAUAAGCCUCACAUCCUGGGUGGAACAGGCUCAGGAGCUUUUGCCAUAUGUCAUACAAUCACAGAAUGGUUUGGGUUUGAAGGAAUUUCAAAGACCAUCCGUGUAGUCUCAGCUCCUGAGCCAUGGGAAGGGACAUCUUCCACUAUCCUUGGUGGCUCCAAGCCCUGUCCUGUGGUAGUGAGUUUCUUUGUUAUGAAAUUGUGGUGUUAUAAGUUCAAAAUGGUUUCCUCCAGUUGUCCCCCAUACAUAUUGGUUUGUCCCUGAGAUACAUCCACCCAUUCCCCUGUCCAUCUACCUAAAGACCUACCCCUUAUUCCACAGUCAUCCCUGCUACUCAGGGAGACCCUGCCCUCCUCCCUUGUCCAUCACAGAAACCCCACCUUUGUUUCCAGAAUCUUCUGCAUGCAUCCUGGAUCCCUCAAAUACCUAUUGGUCUCCUUGGCCUGCUCUCCUCCCCUGUUGUCUCCCAUCAGAUGUCAUGAUGUAUACACCGCCUUGUGCCCCUCCCCGGGUGUCUCACCACUGGUCCAAGUUUGUAUCCUCCCUAUGUUCCCUCCCCUGUACUUAAGAUGCUGUUACCCUGUCGGAACAUUGUCACUUGUCCCUGGACUCUAUCAGAUUAAAGCCUCUUGAGAACCUAUACAAGUGAUCCCUCUCUUUUCCUUCACUCUGGACUCAACUCAGGAUUCUAACAGCAGCUGCACAGAGCAGCUUUGCUGCCUCUGAGAGCUAGGCAGCCCUGCUUUACUGCCACCCAGACCGGUACAGGGGGUGGACAGGGAGCAGCCACUCUUGGCACAGGCCAGGAGAGGAGCUUGGGCUAGCCAUGGUCAUCCCCAAGUGGACAGCCAUGUCACUGCCCAACCUGGCUUUGAACACUUCCAGAGAUGGAGCAGCCGCAACUUCUCUGGACAACCUAUGCCAGGGCCUCACUGUCCUCACAGUAAAGAAUUUCUUCUUAACAUCUAAUCUAACCCCACCUGCUUUCAGUUUAAAGCCAUUCCCUCUUGUCCUGUCACUCCACACCCUUGUCCAAACUCCCUCUCUCUUCUAAAACCAUUUAGACACUGGAAGGGGUCCAAAUUCUCCCAAGAGCCUUCUUUUCUCCAGGCUCCCUCACCCUUAGCUCCCUCUCUCUCCAGAGCAGAUGUGCUCCAGCUCUUGGAGCAUUUUUGUGGCCUCCUCUGGACUCCACUCCAACAGCUUUGUCUCCGUUUUCUGUUGUGGAUCCCAGAACUGGAGGCAGCACUGCAGGUGAGGUCUCACCAGAACAGAAUAGAGGGGGACAAAUAGACUGUAGAAAUGAACAAGACAACUCAAGGGUCCCAAAGACUUCUGAUUCAUUUCCAGGAAGGUCUGAGAGAGCAGACUUCACAUCAUAUCUAUGUUUCAUUAGGAAGUGAGAAACCUGUCUUCAGAUCAGGAAAAUUUAUAUAUAGAAGGAUAUCCAGUGCUACCUGCUUAUAGAGUAGUUUAGGGACUAACAUAAC